CUUGUCGUCACCAUCAUCACCUUGGAUACUUCCAUUCAACAACGGGAAAGCCGAGAGACAAAUCACCACAUCUCCCCCUACCUUCCCUUCGAACUCUCUCUCCCGUCACAAGCCGGUUAUGGAUCUCGGUGACCACCGGAGCGAAAACGGCUUCGAUGAAGGCGGCUACGAUCUUGGAGAUUCGCGACCACAGCAGCCGCAGCUCCCCCCAGAUCUUCCCACGUCGUUGAACGAUCGCCGCCACACUCCACACGUGUUUGCAGAAACAGAGCUCUACGAUGGCUGGCAAGGCGAAUCCCAAUUCAUUACUGCGCCGGUUCCUGCACGGCUCGACUUCGGCAUCGGUCUCAGCUAUCGAGACGAAGAGGAGGAUGUCAAGGGCAUCGUGGAGAGCGAGGCACGGUUGGAGUCGAUGCUGGCGCAGCAGGCGGCAUUCAGGGUCGAUGGUGCAGGAUUGGACGACGACGAGAUCGCAACCAAUAGCAAGCUUACGGAGCAUGAGAAGAAGGAGUUGCUGCAGAGGGCGUUGAACAUGGCGGCUAGUAAUGGUGAGGAGGAUCGCGUGCGGAAGCUGCUGAAAGGCGAGGCGAUCAAGUUCAUAGACGUCAACGCACCGGACGAGGAGGGGACUAGCCCACUGAUAUACGCGAGCUGUUUCGGCCAUGAGGAAGUUGUGCGUGCGCUGCUCGAUGCGGGUGCCAACGUCGACCAGCAAGACAAGAAUCAGUGGAGCUCUCUGAUGUGGGCAAUGACAAACCGGCACAAAGCCAUUGCAAAGGUAUUACUAGACAACGGGGCUUCGCCGGAAAUCAAGAGUUCUUCGGGGAGGACAGCAUUCGACUUCGUAGAACCGGAGAGCGAGAUAUCGGGCUACCUGCAUGCCAACGGUUACAUAGGGAGUGCCGGGGUUGGCGGCUUUGGCGACGACUUUUACGAUUCAGGGUUGGCGCAAGACCGGUUCGAGGAGGAGAUGGCAGAGAACGAGCUGAGACGGCGGAUGAUGAUGGAAAGCGCAAUAAACCUGGAGGUUGACCUUUCGAGUCUGGGUCUGGACGAGCAAGCGGAGAUUCCCGAGGAAGAGGAGGAAGAGGAAGGACAAGAGUUUCUGUGGGAUCGCUGUUUGCCGGACCAGAUGUUCGUCUUCCAGGAACAAGACCUGGACAGGAUGUUGGACGUAGUCAUCACAAACAUGACGCCGCAGCGAUCGCCUACGCAGAAGCCCGUGCCCGCCAAUAUCCUCUACCUGAGCGCACGAUACGCACACUACCACAGCUCCCAAGAGCUGUUGUCCCGGCUCUUGAUCUCGGCAAUGACCAAAAUAAACCAAACCGUCGAAAGACAUCAAUGGGACAUGACGAUACUUGCCUUCUGGCUGUCGAACGCGACACUGUUGCUCUACUACCUGAAGAAAGACGCUGGCCUUGUCGGCGCGACAAUACAAUUCCAGCAGCAGCUCUCGGAGCUCAUCAACGAGAUAUUCAUCCUGAUCAUCCGAGAUGCCGAGCGACGCAUGGACAAAGUACUUGACCAGGCCAUGCUCGAGCACGAAACAAUACCUGGAUUCGAAGACGUGCAAUUCCAAAACGAAUGGCGCCUCUUCAAGAAGAAAAAGGUGCCAGAGUUGGGUCCGGAGAAGCGAUUCCGACCACCGUCGCCCAAGCAGCGUGCGAAGCCCGCCCCACGCAACAUCACAUCCCUCCUCUCAUCCACUCUGUUCGUCCUCGACCUGUAUGAUAUACACUCGGUCAUCACAGCUCAGGUGCUGAGCCAGUUGUUUUACUGGCUCGGAUGUGAACUGUUUAACCGCAUCAUGUCGAAUCGGAAAUACCUGGCGCGAACGAAAGCGAUGCAGAUCCGACUCAACGUCUCCGUACUGGAGGACUGGGCGAGGACCAACAACCGACAGCCUGAUCACUACGAUGCGGGCUCCCUUACGGCGACCGGCGAGACAAUCAUGGACGCCGCUAGACGGCAUCUCGAGCCUAUCAUUCAGCUUCUUCAAUGGCUACAGUGCUUCUCUUCUCUUGGCGAGGACCUCCCAGCGCUCAAGUCGACGAUCGAGCAGCUCCCGCGACUGACAUGUCAACAACUUCUGCACACGACCAAAAACUACCGUCCAGAAGUUGGCGAAAAGGGACUGAACCGGGACGCGAUGAAGUUCUUGGUCGGCCUGACAAUGGACUUCUUCGAAAAGAAGAACCGCCGAAAAUCCACCGCAUCACUGAACACGUUGAUGUCUCCGACCACGCCGACGAGUCGCAACCCUCCAAUCCCGGAAAAACACCCGCCGCCUUCGCCGCAACAACCUCUGGGCAGUCCCACGACCAUCGCCUCGCUGAACGCAGACGAGGACGAUGCUCCGGAAAAUCUCCUGAUGGAUCCUGCCCUCAUGCUGCCAUUCCACCUGCCCACUAGCACCGACAUGCUGGUCAGCUUUGGUGCCGGCAUUGGUGGCGUCAACAGGGAGCGCGCGCAGAAGUACUGGCCCAGCGUGCCGCCAGAAUUCUUGAGCAAGUUGGAUUUCUCCAGUCGAGAGGGCGAGAGAAGAGCCAGUUCGUAUGCUGGGUCUGGAUGGAGGGAGGGUGAUUAGAUAAAAGGAAGUGUGGAAGGAGGAGGGGGAAGAUGAAUGGAAUAGGACGAAGGGGGGGCCUUGCUUCAAUGGACACCGCCUGUCUGUGCUUGGAGAGGAUGUAGCUUUUUUAUUUUUCUCGUUCUUCUCGUUUUAUUUUUCUUUCUCUGGGUUUUGCGGGCAUUGGGGGGUUGCUUUGCUACAUGAACUUUUUACUAACUUCAAUCUUCUUUCUCUCUAUCCUCCUGUGUUUUGUAGACGAGGGAAGAUAGAUAUAGGAUGGUCAAUUUGAGCGGGUGAAGGGGGCCGGUGGCGUCUCGUGAAUGGCUGU